AAGGGCACUGAGCCUGCCCGGUCGACCUCGCCCUUCGGAUUUCGCAGCUUCAGGACGUCAAGCGUGGGACGGAAUCAAAUCUAACAUACGAAUAUUCUGCCAACCAAGGGCAUACUUUUUAAUAUUCUGCUUUCCAUUAAGUCUUUAUUUUCAAUGAGAAAGAAAGGGCAGUGGCGGGAUGAAAAGCCUACUUCCUAUGUUUUAUUUUAUUUUUUGGCUUCGCCGCUCGUCAGGCGGGGUCCUAAUCCCGCCCCCCCACAGGGGCCACCUGCGGCCCCUGCAUUGGAAGCGCUAGUCUUAACCACUGGACCUCCAGGGAAGUCCCACUUUCUGUAUUUUAUUUUCGCCUGUAAUCUUGAGAUGCUUGCUUUUUAUUUCAUUUAUUUAAUAUAACUUUAAAACCGUUUGAUAUAGUUUAUUUAGGUGUAUACAUUUUAGUUUUUCUUUGUGAUUUUUUUUUAAACCUAGGUAAGUGUAGGGCUGCAGUAUUUUUCAACAGGUUAGUGUAGUAAAGAGGUGAAGUGAUGACAGCUGAGGAGAAAUAAGUAUCCAUAGGGUACAGUAUGAAGGCAGCUUCAUUUUACCAGUAAAAGAAAAAAAAGGAUUAUUUUUUUUAAAUUCUGAAUUUUAUUGCAAAUACUGUUUGCUUGUAAUUUUAAGGGCAGUAGGGUAAGAAAAAUAAUUGCCACGUGGUAAAUUUGGAAACAGAAGCUUCACUCUUGACUUUCCAAAAAGGAACUUUGUGUACUUGCAUAGGACCAUGAUUAAUUAGGACAGAUGUUUAGUACUGUGGAGCAGAGUAUUUAUCAGAGUAAUGUGCUGGGGAGAUCGGAGGAGAGUAGUCAUGGGAGGCUGUGUUAUUAGUCCCUGCAGUCAAGUUUCUCUAUGACUUCAAAUAUUACCUUAGGUUUCACUAAUGUUUCUCCUUUGUAUGAGCCUUCCUAAUAGUUAAGUACAGCUAAGGGUAAAACUGUAUGAUGUAAUUAAGAAUAAAGUCUUAUCCAUAUUAGAAAUAUGCUGAUGAUUACCUAACAUUCUAUUACACAAGAAGAAUUUGUAAAAUAUGUGUAUUUUCAAUGAAGAGAGUUCGCCCUGCUUUUCUACAUGUAUUUAUUUUUUACUAGACAGGGGUCUGUGAGCCAGAUAUUUCGAUUGAAUACUUUGAUAUAUGGUCUAACCUUUUUUCAAAGAUUAAGUUCAUGUAGCUUUAAUGUUUACAUGCCUUUUCUAGUAUUGCUUUAAUUGUAUCAAGCUCUGACUAAAUGAGGAAAAAAAGAGAAUUGCAGUGUCCAGGAAAGUGCUGCCUGGUAGGACAUCCAGCUAGGAUUCUGAAGAAUGACUUCUAGCCAAGGGAUCCCCAGCAGUCAAUCCCAGUGGACUUUUGUUACCCUGUCUGUGAGAUGGGUUUAAUGACAGUGCCCUAUCUGGUUGGGUUGUUGAGAAAAUUAAACCAGAUGAGGGAUGUGAAAAUACUUGGAAACCCCAAAUCACUACGUAUUUCUAUUAUAUCUUGCUAUUUUUGUAGCAGAAACAUUUUAAAAAGUGUACUGAUAUGGGAAAAGUUAAAAUCUUCAGUGUGAGUGUUACUGAACAGAACUUGAGUCUGUGCACCCGACGCACAGCAAAGCCGGUCUCCUGACACUGGUUGUGGGGAAGGGAAGUGCAGCGUUUACUGCAGGGCGCCUGCCAACCAAGGAGAAGGGGCAACUCAUGCUCAAACUCCCAGAUGGCUUUCAGGGAGGGGUUUUUAAAGACACAUUAGGAGUGAGGCUUGCAGGGUGCGUGAUCAGUUUGUGGACUUUCUUCUGACUGGUAGGUGGUGAGGUAACAGGGUGAUAUUUUGGGAAUCUUAAUGUCAACCUUCUGGUUCCAACUAGUCUGAGGCUACCUCUUGUGGUGGGAAUGUAGUGACCAUCCUCCACCUGGGUGGGAGCCUUAGUUCCUGCAGAACAACUCAAAGAUAUGUGUUAGAUUGAUAUGUGUAUCCCUUCAGGAGGAACUAGGGCUCUGUUUUAUCGCUGAACUAUUGUUUAAGCUAUCAUUACUUUUCUUGCUUAACUGCUUUUCCUUCUUCCUGCAUUCCCUCACUUCCCUCCUUAGCAACUGCUUGAGUCCGCCCUUGGGAACUUGGGGAAGGCCUGGAAGACUCAAGCCUUUUUCUACAACAAGAAACGGGGGACACAGAGGGGCAUUUGUACUCAGGAAGGCCCUGCAGGGUCCUGCUCAGUUUCAUGAGGCGUAAAGCUCUGCGAUUUUGACUUGGAAAUCCUUCUGUGGACUGAACAGGUGAAGUGAGAUGUCCACUGGCCUUGUCUUCCCUGCUGCUCCUGGCAGCAGUAGGAUUUCAUUUCAGCAGAGCAGUGAUUGGGCUGAUAUCAAAACGCUCAGCAGCAGCUCAUUUAUUAGCUUUUUCUCCAGAAAGGAGUCACUUCUCCCCAGCAUUUAUUAGAGGAACGUUUCCCCUGUUUGGUCCUCUAGUCUUCUUGCUUACGGCCCCUGCUUUGCUUUGGCAAAUAAAUAAAGCCAUAAGGAGACAAUUUCAUAUUCUCUUCCAAUCAGAGACGGGGCCCUGUGCCUUCUCGCCUUGUCAAUCAUUUGCACUCCUGAACAACUCAAGCUCUCUAGCGUUGUUUUUACAGCCUGCCGAAGGGGUGUAGAGGUUUUCCAAACUAAAGCUGCUCUAGAAUUUUUAAAGUCAUUUUAUUAACAACAUAGUUGAAGUUUUUAGCAACAAUUUAAAGUCAUAUUUUACAUAGAUUAUAACCUCCUGUCAAUUACAUUUUAUGGAUAAGACUGAAAUGUCUUUCUUACUAAAGUGAAUUUCCAAGUGUAUUUUAAAAUGUUGAUUUUUUUUUUUUCAUUGAGGAACAGGAGUUAGAACAGGCUGUAACCAAAGGCAGUGUGUGGACUUUGAUUGGAUCUGAUAUGGGAAAAAACAGCUAUAAACGGCAUUACUGGGACAACUGGGGCAUUUAACUUGGGUCUUAGUAUUAAACUGUUAAGUAAUUCCUGACAGUUUUUGUUGGAAGCGAUGGCAGUAGUAUUACACCUAUAGGUGAUGGGUUUGAUGAUGGGUUUGCAACCCAGCCCGUUUGCUUUCCAGCUGUGUAGUCUUGGACAAAUUGCUUGGUGUUGGGGCUUUGGUAGCUGUUUGACAACACAGCACAGUGCUGUGUAUAUUACAAAAGUAAAUGUUCUCUUGUUAUUGUUAUCAGUAUUCCAUGUUUAAUCCCUGGGCUCCCAGUGCUCCUUCUGAUGCCUUCCAUCCUUCCUUUCACUGAUUUCUUCUCACUUACUUUAAUGAAAAUCUUGAAUCAAGAACUUCCUGGAUCUCUAUUAUCGUUUUGUUUUGUUUUUUUAAAUAAACUAUUUCCUCACAUACGUUAUUGGUGGAGUAAAAGAAGAUAGCUGUCUCUUUUUUGCUCUUAUUCUCCCUCCUGAAUUUUGGUUAAGAAAAAUAAAUUAGAUGAGCAACUAAGUUUUGAGGUAGGAUGUGUGUUCUAGUGGCUGAGUCGGUCAAGGUCUGUGUAUGUUUAUCCUAGAGAUUUACUCCCCUCCCUCAGAGAAGUGAACAGAGGUGUACGUGCACAUAUGUAUUUGGAUAUAUGUGCAAAGAAUGCUUGCUUAGGUAGAACCUAGAUCACGAGUAUUUGAAAAUCAGUUAAUCAGUCAGCAUGCUCUUGUAAAUCUGAAGUGAGUUGGCUGUUGGCAGUGAAUAUUCUCCAGUUAAUGAGGUUAUCUAUUCUAAGUUAUUUUAACUUCUUAGUUUCCAGGAGAGCUUUAAGAAUUUAUAUUUACUACCCAAGUGAGAAGUUGCAGUGGAAAACAGGGAGUCUUUCACAAGUUAUAGGAUAUUAGAGCUGGAAUGGACUUCAGACAUCAGGUAGUCCAACACUUCACCUGCCAUAUGGAAAAACAGAUCCAAACCAGGCGGAAAAGUUGAGACCCUCUGGACGCCAAACCUGUGAAACCAAAACAGGAAUGUCAUUAGGAUGACAUUAAGAUUUAAAGGGAAAUGGUUAUGCACAAAAACCUUUGAAAAGAAGGUUUCAGGUACUUUCUUUGCACCUACUUUUCCUGUGUCUGCCUCCCUUCUCUGCCAUGCUGCUUGCAUACCCGCCCCUGGCCUUACUUCCCUGCCAUGUAAAUGACCUUCAGAAAGUUACUGAGGCUGAAAGCGUUGAAGCAGAACUGGCCACAGGAAUCUCUUUUCUGCCGUCCAGUUUAGUUUUGACCAUCUAAAUACAGUUGAAUAUCACACAUUCUGAUUGUUAAAACUCCCUCUCAUUUUAACUUGGACUAGAAAAUGAGGUACAAGUUGCUGAGCAUAACUGAAAUGGCAGUGAGCGUUUUCAGCCUGUAGGAGAACUGCAGUCUCGAACGUCUCCAAGCCUUACCCCGCUCUCAGUGAUGACAUAAACAGACUAUGCUAGGCUGCCACUUAGAUCCUUUUAGUACUGUGUAAGCAAGUUAUAAAUUACUCACAGUACUUUCAGAGAAAGCUAACAGUUACUGUCAGUAAUUUUAGGAAAGGAAGAAACAGAUUGGCAAUGCCGAGAAGACACUAAGAAAAUAAAAAUGAGCUUAGAAGAAACCUGGAGCCAAACAAACAGUAUUCCAAAUUAAGGAGAAACAGAGGAUAAAGUUUAUGCAGGGUAGUCAUCCUCCUUUGUCACCUCUAUCAUCAUUCUUAACGGGGGAGAUCGGUUUUUCCUCCACAAGAAUUCAAGGUCGUAAGGGAACCAAGAAAACCCUUAUGCAUUUUGAGGUUGUUUUAACCUUCACUGAAAUAAAAUACAGGCAACAUACCGAAUAAAGAGAAAGUCAAGGGUAUUUUCCACACAGUUUUAACAUUAUUGUCCGCCAACUGCAGUUUGUGUUGCUUAUAAGUUUACCUUUCUUUGGAACAGAAGCUAAUACAUACUAGGAAGCUUUUCUUGUCCAGUUUGGCUCUGCGCAAAUAUGCUUCUCAGAUUUUUUGCCUGAGUACUUGAUGCAUGUUUUGGACAGUUCUGACAUAGAAUUAAGGGAUGCUGAGUUGUGGCUUUUUGUAUUUCCCAGGGAUGUUUAGAAUAAAUUUAUUCUCAGAUUGGCUUAUCGUCAUUAAACCACUAUUAAAGUGAUGUGAUCAGCUUUAUUUUUGUGGUCACUUUCACAUAGGACUUUGGGAUUGAGUAGAGUAUGAUGGCAGAAGUUAUUCCUCCUUCACACUCCUUUAUAACCUGCCUGUUGUAAAAUAGGGUAGAAUUUGAACUAUUGCACAACUCAAGGAAAGAGUCCUGAAUUGAAAACUCAAUUAUCUCCAAGCUGACAAUUUAGAUUUUAAGAAACACAUCUUUUAAAAUAUUUUUGUAGGAAAAAAAUGUGCCGUUGGUAAUUUACAGAUAAAUAAAAGGCCUGUGUUCAGAUCCUGAACAAAGGAGAGUGACACCACAGGUGACUAUAGUCCAUAAACUACUGGAUCCUGCCCUCUGACCUGAUAAGGGACUCACCCUCUCUGCCGUCCAAACACUGUGCUCAGCUUGGACUUGCUGUGAAAUACAAUCUUGGCAACGUAAUUUGUUACCGCAGUUGAAACAUUAUCUAUUAACACAGUGCACUUAACAUUGAAAGACAGACUCUUUCUAGGCUGUUCGUAUUUCAUAACAGAACCUAUUUGAAGUAUAUUAUUAGCAUCGUCAACAACUACUCUCAUGCUGGAGAUUAGAACCUCCUUGACCUCUGCAUCAAAACAACUAGCGGAGCUGUUUGGACGAGACAGUGUGUAUAGAGGAUUUUAUCAUUUUAUUUCAGUAAUUCUUUCAGGAGCUACACUUUCAAGAGUUUGCCUUGUCAGAACAAUUAAGCUAUAUCCUGAAAAGAAGAAAUGCCAUCUCAGAAGUAAAAUUAAUUCGACGUAUUUCUGAAUGGUAUUAAUUUUAGCAUUCAGGAAAACAAUUCACUUAACAUUAGAAGACCUUUCUCUUCAUUCGUUCAGCAAACAUUUUCUGAGUGCCUUGUGAAUUCUGGGUACCACUUGGGCCAGAGUUUCAGCUGUGAACAGAAUAUGGAAUUACACGCCUAUUUUUAGGAGCUUACGUUCUGGUGAGAGGCUGUUGGUAAGUAAAAACGGAAAGUCCGUUGCUGGUAGAAUUCUGCAGCAUUGUGCUUCUCUCCAACUUGUCAUUUUCAAAGAAAUGCCCCCUAUAAGCCUGUGCUGUCCAGUCUGAGAGCCACAAGCCCCAGGUGGCAGGGGAGCUCGUGGAGGGUGGCCAGUCCAAGCUGAGCUGUGUCGACACCCACCGGAUCUCGGAGACUCAGUGCCGAAAUAGAAUGUAAAAUACGUCAUCAAUAGGUUGUUAUUGAUUACGUGUUCAAAUUAAAAUAGUUAGAAAUGUUGGAAUAAAUAAUAAAAUUAACUCCUGUUGUUUUUCACUUUUGUUAACAUGACUUCUAGAAAUUUUUAAAUUUCAUGUGACUCCUGUUCGUGACUUGCAUUAUAUUCCUGUUGGAUAGCUCCACUCUAAGGAUUAAGUUUACGUUUCAUAAAAUUAAGGUUUACUUUCAUUAGGUCAAAGUUAUUGACCUAAUAUCACUAGAUCUUCUCAAGAAAAAAAAGAAUACGUGCUCCUAGUGUUGUAGUUCUGUUACUGAAACUUGAACACAGGUAUGAGGUUAAAGUAACCGAAAUCUUACAAAGCAUCUGAUCUUUUUUUUUUUUCCCCUCAUGUCUCUCCUGUCUGAACCUCGGUGACUCCUCACAAAAUAGUACGCACUUUUGGGGCCCAGUAGCCAACUGGGGUCUUCCCAUUGCCGCCAUCAAUGACAUGAAGAAGUCUCCGGAGAUUAUCAGCGGGCGGAUGACAUUUGCCCUCUGCUGUUACUCGCUGGCGUUCAUGAGAUUCGCCUACAAGGUGCAGCCUCGCAACUGGCUGCUGUUCGCCUGCCACGCCACCAACGAGGUAGCCCAGCUCACCCAGGGCGGACGGCUGCUCCGGCACGAGAUGUCUAAAAAUGCCUCAGCAUAACAAUGGAAAAUGAAGAACCGGCUUCUUGAAGGGGUGGCAUUGCCAGCUGCUGCUGCUGAGUCACACAUUCCACCCUAGUGAAUAGUCUUGCUAAGAGAAAUAUGCAGAAUGCUAUUUUUACUAACCAGACGAUUCUUCUAGAAAUAGCAGGGAGUUCCCAAACCCACUCUCGGCUGCCUUACAAGUACUGAAUGUUUUACUUCUCUUCAGAAAGCUCAAAUAUGUGAUCAAUGUAAUGAUUCCCAGUGAUGGUUUUAUCUGCAGUAAUAUGUCUGUUAUCUGUUAGAAGUUACCUUAUGAAAAACCGAAGAGAACAAAAUUUGUAACCAUCAGCAUUUAAGUACUCAGAAAUCCUGACCUUUCGUUUAAUGACCAUGAGACAGCUGGCAGCUGGCCACAUAGCUAAAAUCACAUUGCCAGUGUUUGAAAAGGUGUUUGUGUUUCCAUGCAGUGUGUAUAUUGAAAUGCUGUAAAUUAAUGGCAAUAAAUGAUUUAAAUAUUUGUCAAA